CCACGUUGUAAACCUGCAGCGUCGCGCUGAGAGCGAAACUUCGCUCUUCAUUCUCUUCAUUCUUUCUGCAAAAUAACUAAUGUUUACCCCACUCACUUGGCAAAAGUUUGGAGGGCAGAUGCAGUGAUGAAGACUUGUAAAGACCCCUAUGAGAGAUUCAUGCUACACCAUCUUCAGUACUAUGGAUUGUUUGCAGGUCGUGACACCCCUUUCCAGAGGAGCUUCUCCCCCGAUAGAUCCUGGGAGAAGGUCCGGAGGUCCAGGCACUCGGACAUCUUUCCGGACAGUGACGAUUCCGGAUCUGACCCUGCAGAUGAUGACACGCAGACGAGGAGGAUGUUGUUCUCCCGGCCCCCGGAGCAAGUGCGAGUCAGGAGCAAGCAGCUUGUGUUUGAUUUUGACGGGGAUCGUCCAAAACCUCGGCUGUCGGAGCCACGGGGACUCUUCGCCAUUCUGUCCGCAGCCGCCUCGCACCAGGGAGUCCGCUGGCCUGUCGAGUGUCAAGUCAUCAAGGAUGAAAUUCGACACAUCGAAUGGGAACCCGCCGAACCCGAGCCGUUCUACCAGUCCACUGGAUACGAGCAGAUGCCGAUGCCCGUGGGAGAAGGGAGGGGAAAGGUGGUUUUCUGCAUUGACUCAGCCACAAAAUCGCCCUUCUACACCCGUUCUCGAGUGGGCGGCAGCAGAGCACCAGCCAAGGGUCCCGCUUUUUGUGAAGCUGGCGGCGAUGGCACAGCGUUGGCCUUCGAGUCCCGCUUUCAGAGUGGAAACCUCCAGAAAGCUGUGCGGAUAGGCGUGUAUGAUUACGAGCUCACCCUGCGUACCGACCUGUACACCACAAAACACACACAGUGGUUCUACUUCCGAGUGAGGAACAUGAAGGCUGGAGUGACCUACCGCUUCACCAUAGUCAACCUGAUGAAGUCCAGAAGCCUGUACUGCCUAGGAAUGAAGCCCCUGCUCUACUCGGAGAGGGCCGCCAGGGACCAAGGGGCGGGAUGGGGGCGGGUUGGCUCCGACAUCAAGUACUACCGGAACCAGAGCGAGCACGGGGGUCAGGCCCUGUACUCACUCACCUGGACAUGCCAGUUCCCCCAUGAGGCUGACACUUGCUACCUGGCUCACUGCUAUCCAUAUACCUACUCUGACCUGCUGCGCUACCUCACUGCUGUGACCUCUGACCCAGCCACUGCUGUCCACUGCAAGUUGCGUGUGCUCUGUCGCAGCCUGGCUGGCAAUGCCGUUCACGUCCUGACCAUCACCUCGCCUUCGUCGAGCCGGGCUAAGAGGGCGGUGGUGGUGACGGCUAGGGUGCACCCUGGUGAAACCUGUGGCUCCUGGGUGAUGCAGGGGCUACUGGACUUCCUCCUGAGCGACGCUCCAGAUGCUCGGCUGCUGCGUGACACCUUUGUCUUCAAGGUGGUGCCCAUGCUGAACCCUGAUGGGGUUGUGGUGGGCAACUACCGCUGCUCACUGGCUGGACGUGAUCUCAACCGCAACUACUGCACGCUCCUGCGUGACUCCUUCCCUUGCGUGUGGCACACUCGUAACAUGGUAAAAAGGCUGGUGGCUGAGAGAGAGGUGGUCCUCUACUGCGACUUCCACGGGCACAGCAGGAAGAACAACGUCUUCAUGUAUGGCUGCGACAGCAAGAAUGGCGCUGCACCUCGCCUGCAGUCACGCGUCUUCCCUCUGAUGAUGAGCAAGAACACAGGCAACCAAUUUUCUUACAAGAGUUGUAAAUUUAAAGUCCACAAAAGCAAAGAGGGCACAGGACGGAUUGUCAUGUGGAAGCUGGGGAUCACCAACAGCUACACCAUGGAGUCCACCUUUGGAGGGUCAACUCUAGGGAGCAGGAAAGGGACACAUUUCUCUACAAAGGACUUAAAAUCGUUGGGGUAUCAUUUCUGUGACACCCUGCUGGACUACUUUGACCCCGAUACAGCCAAGGUGCACCAGUGCCUGAUGGAGCUGAAGACAUUGUUACGACAAGAGAUCCGGCAGAAGUUGGGCAAGGAGGUGGAUUCUGAAGGUCUCAGCAGUGUUUCGUUGUCAGACAUCGAGUCCAGUACAAGUGGCUCAAACAGCACAGAAUCUGAUGGUCUACCUGUUCACCUUAUUUACGGAGCACAAAAGGUAACGAAAUGCAAGAAAAAGCAUCUGAAGACACGCAAAGAAAGGAAUAGACUACGUCAGCAUCAAGUACAGAGCACAGUACCGAAGAUUAUCCACCAAGACAUUAAGGCAAUGUACCUUUUACCUCCACUGCGGUAGCUAUGGUUUAAUUUGGGGCAGCUGGUAGCAGACUGGUUAUAGCUGUUGCCUUUAUGUCACAUAAUCACACCUUUGAAUCAUACCUCCAGCUGUAGUGCCCUUGAGCAAAGUUCUUACCCUAAUUUGCUCUAAUAAACUAACCCAGCUGUCGAAAUGGGUAAGUAGCUUAACAUUAUAAGUGACUUUGAAGGAAAGCAUCAGCUAAAUGCAUACAUACAAAUGUUCCCUGCACAUAAAAUAUACUUUGUUAAUCUUCUAUGUAUAUUUUGUGAAAAAAUUGCGGUGCAGCUGGUAGUGUAGUGGUUAGAGCUGCUGC